AUGGGAUCGUCUGGCUCAGGUGUAAUGGGAGCUACAGAAGUACUUGCUGUUGCACACUGUGUUGCCUUCUACCUCCUACAGACAGUGGCGCUGAGUUCAGAGAGAUUCACAGUGACUGGAUUGACUAGGCCAGUCUUGGCUCCAUUGGGUGGAAUCCUUGAACUCAGUUGUCAGUUGUCCCCACCACAAGAUGCACAGCACAUGGAGAUUCGCUGGUUCAGGAACCGCUAUACACAGCCUGUGCACCUGUACAGGGAUGGUAAAGACCUGCAUGGAGAAACCAUCCCCAAGUAUGUGGAGCGGACUGAACUGCUGAAAGAUGACAUUGGAAAGGGGAAAGUGACCCUCAGGAUCUUUAACGUGACUGUUGAUGAUGAUGGACCAUACCGCUGUGUCUUCAAAAAUGGUGAAUUCUAUGAAGAGCACAUCACAGAGGUCAAGGUCACAGUCACAAGCUCAGACAUACAGAUUCUUCUGAAUCCCCCGAAUAUCAAAGGAGUGAUGUUGGAGUGUCAUUCAGGGGGUUGGUUCCCACUGCCACUUAUGGAAUGGAGAGACAGCAAAGGAGAAGUCAUUCCAGAGACAUCAAAAUCCCAUUCACGGGAUGGAAACAAAUUGUUCAACAUGACAAUGGCCCUUUUUAUUAACACCAGCUCCCACUGGAAUGUCACUUGCUACCUUCAAAACCGUCUAACUCAACAAGAAGAAAGCAUAAAUAUUGUCCUAUCAGGUGAACUGUUUGCAUGGAAAUGUGUUUGGAUAGGAAUUCUGGGUAUAAUAACAAUUUUGAUGAUAGUCUUCCUCAUGACUUCCUAUGUUCAGCAACAUUUUAUACAUGAAGAUACACUUUCGAUUUUUGUCUACACAAGAAAUGCUGAUCAAUCUGAGCGUGACCGAUCUGAGGGUUUCUGCUCUGGGAGAUUUUCUCAUUGGCUAAAGGGCUUAGUGGUGUUCAUCACUUCCAUAUCUACAAUCAUAGGAACCAUGCUCAUUUUGAAUCUAAUACAAAGAGUUCAAGUUUCAGAUCCACACUUUGAAUUGGACACUUUGUGGUUAGAAGAUAUUAGUGUCGUCCUGUGUGUGAUGGUAGUGUUCAUCUUCAAGCUCGUUUCAUUUAUUUACUUCCGGUUAGAAGAUCAGAAUGGAGCUCUCAACUAUUUCUUCAGCACCAUGCCUGCCAUGCCUUCUGCCAUGUUCUCCACUGUGAUGGUAAUGGUUUAA